AUGGGCCCCUGCAGCCAUGCUGGGGAUGGGAUCAGAGCCUUCAAAUUUGGGUCCCUCCUGCUGCUUGCUCUGCCGCCAAUGAGAGCUGCUGCUUCCCAGCAAGAGGUUGAUUUGUAUGUUUGCUUAUUCUGUGGCAGAGGAAAUAAUGAAGACAAACUGUUGCUCUGUGAUGGAUGUGAUGACAGCUAUCACACUUUCUGCUUGAUUCCUCCUUUACCUGAUGUACCUAAAGGUGACUGGAGGUGUCCAAAGUGUGUUGCAGAGGAAUGCAACAAACCCCGUGAGGCCUUUGGAUUUGAACAAGCUGUCAGGGAAUAUACUCUCCAGAGCUUUGGUGAAAUGGCUGAUAACUUCAAGUCUGAUUAUUUCAACAUGCCAGUCCAUAUGGUUCCCACUGAGCUGGUAGAGAAAGAAUUCUGGAGAUUGGUGAGCAGCAUAGAAGAAGAUGUCAUUGUAGAAUAUGGAGCUGAUAUAUCAUCCAAGGACUUUGGAAGUGGCUUUCCAGUGAAAGACGGCCGACGAAAGCUGAUGCCGGAGGAGGAGGAUUAUGCACUUUCUGGUUGGAAUUUGAAUAACAUGCCAAUUCUAGACCAAUCAGUCCUUGCUCACAUUAAUGCAGAUAUCUCUGGCAUGAAGGUACCUUGGCUGUAUGUGGGGAUGUGCUUCUCCUCAUUUUGCUGGCAUAUUGAAGACCACUGGAGCUACUCCAUUAACUACCUGCAUUGGGGAGAGCCAAAGACGUGGUAUGGUGUGCCCUCUCAUGCAGCAGAGCAGCUGGAAGAUGUGAUGAAGGAGUUGGCUCCUGAGCUAUUUGAAUCCCAGCCUGAUCUCCUGCAUCAAUUGGUCACUAUCAUGAACCCCAAUGUGCUGAUGGAACAUGGUGUACCAGUGUACAGAACCAACCAGUGUGCUGGCGAGUUUGUCGUGACCUUUCCUCGUGCCUAUCACUCUGGAUUUAACCAGGGAUACAACUUUGCUGAAGCUGUGAACUUCUGCACUGCCGACUGGCUUCCAAUUGGACGUCAGUGUGUGAGUCACUACCGAAGGCUUGGGCGUCAUUGCGUUUUCUCCCAUGAAGAACUGAUCUUCAAGAUGGCUGCAGAUCCAGAGUGCUUGGAUGUCGGACUGGCUGCCAUGGUCUGCAAGGAGAUGACACUAAUGAUAGAGGAAGAAACACGCUUAAGGGAAACUGUUGUACAGAUGGGAGUAUUGAUGUCUGAAGAAGAGGUGUUUGAAUUGGUUCCAGACGAUGAACGUCAGUGCACAGCUUGCAGAACAACGUGCUUCUUGUCAGCUCUUACGUGUUCCUGUAAUCCCGAGCGCUUGGUUUGCCUCUACCACCCAUCUGAUUUAUGUCCGUGCCCCAUGCAGAACAAGUGUUUAAGGUACCGGUAUCCACUAGAAGACCUUCCUUCUUUGCUGUAUGGAGUGAAAGUCAGAGCACAGUCUUAUGACACUUGGGUCAGUAGAGUUACAGAAGCUCUGUCUGCUAACCUCAACCACAAAAAAGAUGUAAUUGAGUUGAGAGUGAUGUUGGAAGAUGCUGAAGACAGGAAAUAUCCGGAAAAUGAUCUCUUCCGUAAGCUUAGAGAUGCUGUGAAAGAAGCAGAGACCUGUGCUUCAGUAGCACAGCUGCUUCUGAGCAAAAAGCAAAAACACAGGUAAGACUUUUUUUUUUUUACAG